AUGGCUAGGCUCUGUGCUUUCUUGAUGGUCCUGGUGGUGAUGAGCUACUGGUCAACCUGCUCUCUAGGAUGUGACCUGCUUCAGCGACAAAACCUCAGGAACAAGAGAGCCUUAACAUUCCUGGCUCAAAUAAGGAGACUCUCCCCUGUCUCCUGCCUGAAAGACAGAAAGGACUUUGGAUUCCCCUUGGAGAAGGUGGUUACCCAGGAGAUUCAGAAGAUUCAAGCCAUCUCUAUUCUGCAUGAGCUGACCCAGCAGGUCCUGAACAUUUUCACAUCAAAGGACUCAUCUGCUUCUUGGGAUGCAACCCUCCUAGACUCAUUCUGCAAUAAUCUCCACCAGCAGCUCAGUGACCUCAAAGCCUGUUUGAUGCAGCAUGUGGGGGUGCAGGAACCUCCCUUGACCCAGGAAGACUCCCUGUUGCCUGUGCGGGAAUACUUCCACAGGAUCAUUGUCUACCUGAGAGAGAAGAAACACAGCCCCUGUGCCUGGGAGGUAGUAAGAGCAGAAGUCUGGAGAGCCCUGUCUUCCUCAGUCAAAUUUCUGGCAAGACAGAUUAAGGAAGAGUGA